GCUCCAUCUCUUUCUUUCGCUCACUCAAAUCGGCCGUGUGGUGUGGAAUUGUACGAAGUAGUCUAAUAAAUUCACAAAAAUGGCAUUCGGAGACGUAAAAUCUCAACAGGGUCUAAGUGAAUUGAACAAAUAUUUAGCUGAGAAGAGUUAUAUAUCUGGGUACACUCUUUCUCAAGCUGAUGUUCAAGUGUUGGAGGAAGUAGGCAAGGCGCCGGCCGCAAGCUUGCCUCAUGCCCUUCGCUGGUACAACCACAUCGCUUCAUACACUCCUGCCGAACGCAAGGUGUGGGCACAGGGAGUGAGCCCACUCAACGCCGGUGCUAAGCCUACAGCAUCUGCACCUGCAAAGAAGGAUGAUGAUGACGACGAUGACGUAGAUCUAUUUGGCUCUGGAGAUGAGGAAGAGGACGCAGAAGCAGCCAGAAUCCGUGAAGAACGUCUCCAAGCAUAUGCAGACAAGAAGUCAAAGAAACCAGCCCUUAUUGCUAAAUCAUCUAUAAUCCUUGAUGUCAAACCAUGGGAUGAUGAAACAGAUAUGGCUGAGAUGGAAAAACAAGUACGGACCAUUGAAAUGGAUGGUUUGUUGUGGGGAGCUUCCAAACUAGUCCCAGUAGGCUAUGGUAUCAACAAACUACAGAUCAUGUGCGUCAUUGAGGAUGACAAGGUGUCCGUUGAUCUCCUAACAGAAAAGAUCCAGGAGUUUGAAGACUUUGUCCAGUCUGUAGACAUUGCCGCCUUCAAUAAAAUCUAAAUGCCAUUUUAAAUUUAUUUAUUUUAUUUUCAAAUAAAAUCAGUUUUUCUUUAUA